GUAGCUAAAUAUAGCACGUUCCUGCUAACGCAGAGAAGCAGAUGAUACGUGAAUCGUCAAGUUGUUAGUACUGUUUAGUAUACAAGGGUUUAUAAACAUCAAACACAAUGUCUUCCGACGAGGUCCAACUGAGUAAAGCUGAAACCAAAAGUGUUAAAGUAAUAUUCAGAGAGUACAUGAAGAUAACCAGCAAAUCGGCUAGCCCCGACCAAAUCAAUUCCAAAGCCAUUGGUAAACUGACAAAGAAAUGCUGGCCAAAGGAAUUAUGCUUAUAUACCGACACUGUUGCUUUCCCGGCGUGUAAAGAAAAAGGAAAACCGUUCAUGUUAAUAAACGACGAAAAGAUUAAAGAAUUUAUAGGACGUUGUGCCUCAAAGAUGAGAUCCCUCGGGAAAACUUCAAAGGAAUCGUCAUGGGAAGCUGAGCUUGUCGCCAUGCUAUCUCCACCAACUAUGGAAGGAGUUACUAAAGAUCCAAGACUGGGAACGUGGGCCAUUUCACAGACGCUGCAGGGUUAUACUGGAACACACAAAGAACGAUUCGACGAGAGUGGUAAAGGCAAGGGAAAGGCUGGGCGUGUCGAUACAACCCCUAAAGAUGGGUUUGUCCAAGCUUUCAAGGACAAGGGGACGUACGACGAAACACACUGAGUACAAUAACCGUAUAAACGUGUUUGUAAUAAGUCUAUAUUUAUUUGAAUCUGUUAUACUAGAGUCUUUGAUGAUCUGAAGACUAUUUGUUCUUUAACCUGGACAGGUAAAUCAACGCUCUUCUGGGCGUAAAGAUUUUUAUGUUUUCCCAAUCGUAACAACGUCAUGUCAGAAUUGUGCUGUUGUUUGGCCAUGUUUCCUGCAUAUAAAGACUAGCACCCUACUGGCACGGCGGUAUAAUAGCGUCUGACAGUAGGGGGAUUCUUAAACACCUCCCAAUAUUCGUGUUAAAAAAUUAAAAUAUGUCCCUCUCGUGUUGUAACAAUUUCUCUCAGUAACAAAGGGCUCAACAUUCUAAACAGAAGAAAUUAUGACCUGUACAAAUGUAUUUUUAUGCUGUUAGAAUAUCCCAGAAUAGUUAAGUGUACAAUGUAAUUCGAGCAUUGUUUCAGAGAUGAAUCUAAUGUUACUAUGUGGAACAAAUUAUUUGAAGUCCAUUUGCUUGCGGUAAAUUGUUAAUGAUUUUGUGAAGGAAAAAAAGAAAACCAAUCAGAUGAAUGCGCUUAUCUUCUAUUACGAUUAUCGAUUUUGAUACUAUCAUGUAAUAAUACAUUUCUAUUUAACUAUUUACAUUUGAGUUGAAAAAUAACUUUAUAUCAUCGGUACUGGUUAAUUUUUUUUAUUUUUUCACCUUCAAAAAACUGCUUCAAAGUCUCCCCUAAUAUUUGUAUUUAAAGCAGUAUGUAAGUGAUGGUUGAAACUGCGAUAUAAUCAAUUUUGCUGAGAUUGUAUUUUGGUGGUUAAGACAUGGAAAAUAGACGUAAGGUAAAUCGUAUUGUUCAAAUGAGAUGGAUCUAAGAAAAACACAGUACCAUGGCAAGUAAGAAACUGGUCAAAUGAGAUGGAUCUAAAAAUAAACAGUACCAUGGCAAGUAAGAAACUGGUCAAAUGAGAUGGAUCUAAGGCAUACACAGUACCAUGGCAAGUAAGAAACUGGUCAAAUGAGAUGGAUCUAUGACAUACACAGUACCAUGGCAUGUAAGAAACUGGUCAAAUGAGAUGGAUCUAUGACAUACACAGUACCAUGGCGAGUAAGAAACUGGUCAAAUGAGAUGGAUCUAAGACAUACACAGUACCAUGGCAAGUAAGAAACUGGUCAAAUGAGAUGGAUCUAAGACAUACACAGUACCAUGGCGAGUAAGAAACUGGUCAAAUGAGAUGGAUCUAAGACAUACACAGUACCAUGGCGAGUAAGAAACUGGUCAAAAGAGAUGGAUCUAAGAAAUACACAGUACCAUGGCAAGUAAGAAACUGGUCAAAUGAGAUGGAUCUAAGACAUACACAGUACCAUGGCAAGUAAGAAACUGGUCAAAUGAGAUGGAUCUAAGACAUACACAGUACCAUGGCAAGUAAGAAACUGGUCAAAUGAGAUGGAUCUAAGACAUACACAGUACCAUGGGAAGUAAGAAACUGGUCAAAUGAGAUGGAUCUAAGACAUACACAGUACCUUGGCGAGUAAGAAACUGGUCAAAUGAGAUCGAUCUAAGAAAUAAACAGUACCAUGGCAAGUAAGAAACUGGUCAAAUGAGAUGGAUCUAAGAAAUACACAGUACCAUGGCAAGUAAGAAACUGGUCAAUUGAGUCGAAUGCCAAACCUAAUGAUGUUAAAAGCAAUAUUAUAGCAUAUAUCAUUAGUGUUAUUAUCCUUUAUUUGUUCAGUUAAAGUGGUAAAAUUAAUGCUACAGUUCAAAACUUGAUUAUGUAACCAGGUUAAUUAAUCCUACAGUUCAAACCUCGAUUAUGUAACCAGGUAAAUUAAUGCUACAGUUCAAAACUCGAUUUUGUAAUCAGCUAGAAUUUAUCCUACAGUUCAAAACUCGAUUUUGUAAUCAGCUAGAAUUUAUCCUACAGUUCAAAACUUGAUUAUGUAACAAGGUUAAUUAAUCCUACAGUUCAAACCUCGAUUAUGUAACCAGGUAAAUUAAUGCUACAGUUCAAAACUCGAUUUUGUAAUCAGCUAGAAUUUAUCCUACAGUUCAAAACUCGAUUUUGUAAUCAGCUAGAAUUUAUCCUACAGUUCAAAACUUGAUUAUGUAACAAGGUUAAUUAAUCCUACAGUUCAAACCUCGAUUAUGUAACCAGGUAAAUUAAUGCUACAGUUCAAAACUCGAUUUUGUAAUCAGCUAGAAUUUAUCCUACAGUUCAAAACUCGAUUAUGUAACCAGGUAAAAUUAUCAAAUGACAUGUCAUGGUUAUACUUUAUUAUACAUGCAAAUCUCAAAAUUUCAAAUUUAGAUUAGACAGUUUGCAAUUUCAUAUUCGAUAUCCAUGUUCACAUAUGCAUUGGAACUCCAUGGGCAAAAUUAAUAUCUUUCAAUGUAUGAUAGAGUGCUGUCCCUUUGGUAGAUUUGAUUUCCUUCAUAGGUUGACGUAUAUGAGGGUCAAUGGAGCUUUCGUGGUAAAAUAACAAGUGUGCAUAUAGAAUGAAAAAUGAUAGCAGAGAUUCAAUACGUCAAAGGACAUUGUUUAUUGUAAAACGUUUCGUGAAAGUUUUUCAUUGUGUUUUUCAUUAAAAGCUAUAGUGCAAGCUGCUUGUUUAUGAUAUCAUGAUUGGUAAAACAUAAAAUAUGCAAAUUGAAUUAAAAAAAUGGCAGUUUUAAUGGCAGCAUUAUUGAAUUUGUAAAGAAAUGGAUGUUUGGGUAAUACGUGUACACAUGCAGACACACAUGCUUAUAUAGAAGGUUUUGGAAAUAAAAAUUAUAUACGUUUAACCAUUUAUUUAUGUAUGUAUUUUGACGAUAUUUUAACACUUAUAUAUAUAUACAUUUUCGUUUUUUAAGUGUUGUACUUAAAUCAACAUUCAGUUAAAUUAUUUGAAGAACAUCAAUUAUUUUUCAUUAAUCAUCAUGUAAUUGACAUCACUCGAGUUUUUUUUCAUGCGUAUAGACUUGAUAUGCGACUGCAGUACCUUUCAUUCACUUUCAUGACGAGUAUGCCCCAAUAUGCAGUGAAUGUAAAACUAAAGACAAUAUAAGCCUUUCCUAGUGAUCAAUAUCGUCAUGGUUUGCAGCGAUGCGCAUGCGUCAUAUGAUUUUAGCGCAUUUAAGUUAACUCGAUCGCCAUCGAUAUUUGGAAAUAGACUGUAUCCGUCUGAAGCGUGUUGUUGGCUUUUUUUUUUAUUGCACUUACUUCAGAAUAUUCCCUAUAACUAUUCAAUUUCGAUUUACAUGUUAAACAUCGCUGAUGAAGAAAACAAAACCCUUUCUGAACAACUGUUUAUAUUUUUGGUCCAUUUCCAUAGUCGCUGUAAAUAUCAUUGAUAUUUUAUCGUGUUUUAUCAAUAGUGAUUAGAGCUUUUGGGACUCUCGUCUGGGCACUGGACUUUGGGUAACAUUAGGAAUCACACGGUAACACUUGGGAGUCCUGAGGGCAAUGAGACUCUGGGGCACCAGCAAGGAUCACGCGCUGGUGAAAUUAGGGGCACUUAGAAACACAGGAAAGAAUGGGAAACACUGGGAGCAUUGAAGCCGCAUUGAUAGUAUAGCCGAGGAAAAACACACCUUUUUAUAAGCAUUUAUAAGUGGGGAAAAUAUGGUUGACAUUUUCUCCGACUAUGUAGUUUCUCUCUUGUACGCUGAAAUUAGCCGGCAAUUUUUGACACUGACGUAUAGAUAUCUUUUUACAGUAUUUUCUGUAUGUCCUUUAUUGAUAAUGGCUUCAUUUUAAGACUGGCGUUGUUCAGACACUUGUGUGUUAGAAAGUCUUUCCUAUGUGACAAUCGAAUUGAACGGGUAAAGCCUGUCCCAGGUCAAUUUUCUAUUGUAGUAGAUAUAUAUUGUACUAGGGACGUAACUAGUGUAAUGUCUGAUAUUAAUCCAUUAUAUCUAUAUUGAUAAUAUAUAGACUAUUUUUAUCAUAUCUUGUUACAAUUAUUAAUAUACGCUAAGAAUAAUAUAAUAUAGAAUGAUAUAUUAGAAUAUUACCUCAAGUUAUUACAAUAUUUCAUUAUUAUCAAAACGUAUAUAGCUUCAGUAGUUAUAAGGUUGAAAAUGGACGAUUCCAAAAGCUGUAGAGAACCGAUGAAAAUGUCGCCCCGUAUAGAAUUAAUUUCAAACAAAGAGAAAAGUAUUUCCUUCUUUCAAACCGACUUUAUUUGCUCACGUGUGAAGUAAUACCAAUAAUGUAGGGAUAUAUAACGUUUUCAGUCAGUGUAAAGCUCGCUCUUGUCUCCAACGAAGUCGCCGUAAGUGACUGCCUUUGUGAGUGAUAGAUAUGAUAUAUAUACCGAAUGCAGGCAAUAUAUUCUGUCAUUAUUGACAUAACUUGUAACCAUUGUGAUUUGAAGUAAAGAUAAAUUUUGUUCCAGUGGCAAACAUAUGAUUGUGCUGUAACAAUAUUUCAAUAUGUGCCAUGAUAAAAGCAUACAGACAUCAAUUAAACAUUUUAUCUGUUGCAUUAAAUUCCUCAUGAAAUGUUUUCAUAUGAUCUGGCCUUUGUUGCAUCAAAUAUGUGACCAAGAGAAUAACGUUUUGAAGUUUUAAAAUCCCUUGUUGUCCAUUUGUGAAUAAAUAUUGUAUUAUAUGUAGAUAGAUAAAUCAUCGCAUUCUUCCUUCCAUACAGAUAUAAUGUAAUACAGUAAAAAUGGCAAGCCAGGUUGAUAUUUAUUCAGGAAGUAAUGUAAAUCUUGUAUUGAUUUUUAUUCAAUUAUUUAAGAUGUCCUAUAUACAGUGGCUUACAAAUACAUAUAUAAGAAUGCAGUUGGGACUACGCACUAAAUUCAAAGAAUAGCGGGCAUUCGAGUAAAGCGGGUUCAAAUAAUGGUGUUCAUCUAGUCUUCUCUAUCGUAAUAUCUUAUGUACUAGAAUAUCUUAUAUUAUCUCGCAAAAUACAGGGUCAACAUUGCUCAAGGACUAUUCAUCGACAUGGCGUGUCAUAAAUAAGAACUCGUUUGGUGCAACAACAUAGUGUUGUCAACAAUCAGGCCACGUGGAACAAUAGUGGAUAAACCGAGUGUAUUGUUACGUCAUAUUGAAAGACAAACAUAUGAAUUCCUAGCAUUACAAAAUGUUAUUUCUUAAUUUACAUAUAUCAUUAUUCACGUGGUAUCUAUUAAGCGAUUAAAACAUUUAUCUGUGUCUAAUUCAACCAUUUUCUGUAAAUGUCAUGAUUAUCAUAUAUUUAUUGAUUGACAUAUUAUUGUAAUCUGUUUUAACCAUAAUUUAUUGUCUUCUGUGUAAUAUGAUCCAUAUUAAAUUUGAAAAUCUUA